UUUUCAAGGAUCACAUCUUCAGCCCACGCGCCGCUUGGAUCUGAUCCCUUAUUUUUAUUUUCCCUGUUUUCCCUUAUUCUCUUUUUUUUUUUUUCUUUGUCUCUGUACAGAUAUCAAUCAUUCUACGUCGCCUCUCUCGUUUGGUUUUGAUUUACCUCUCUCCUUGUUUCUUUUUACCCUUCGAGGUUGACGUUCGUUCAUCGCAGCAUUGACCUUCAAAAUCUCUGCCUCUCUGUGCUGUCGAUCUAGAAUUGACUGACGUCUUCGAAUGAGAUAAAAAAAAAGCCGACGAGUCGGAUCUUUUGUCCAGCAUCCCCACGAUCCGUCCUUUUGGCUUGCUUUGUCUAACCUCCAUUCAUCCCUUUAAUAACCUCCUCCUUUGGUGGUCAGCUCACAUUCUCCCGAGAUUUACCAGCUCACAUCAUCAAGAGAUCUGGAAUCUCAUUUCGUUAUCUUGUGUUUAUUUUUCUUCUCUCAUUGGGCGUAGCAUUCGACAACCGAAGAGGCACGAGCUAAGCAAGCCCCGCAAUUCACCACACUCAGCCACUACUACUCAGGCACCGAAACAUUUGUUACUGUCAUAGGCCCUCGACAGGGAGCUUUGUCUCAGAAGCGCCAGGGACUUCCCUCGUUGGAGAGACCUCCCAACUCGGUGAACUAUAUUAUGGCUGCCCCUACAUCUCCUAGAAACCCCCAGAGGAUGGGUUUUAUGCCCAUUAAUGGCGGUCGUGGCUCCGACGAAGACGCCGAUAUUCCGCUUUCAACCAUCCGAACUGCCAGCUCUACUGGCGCCCGCAAACCUAACCAAGCAAUUGAGACGAACAUGAUGGCCAGCGAGAAAGAGCCCGGCCUCGGCCCGGGUCGUCGAAGGCUGAAGAAAGGUCUUGCCGACCAGGGCCGCCGAGGCACUGGCGGGACCGAUGAUGUCGCCCUCAACGCCAUGGGCCGCCUCUACUACAAAAUUAUAGGAUUUUCGGUCGUCACUCGUUACCUCGUCUACAUUGUCCCCGUUGGUCUCCUUCUGCUCAUACCAAUUAUCGUCCUAAUCGCCACCGGUAACAUUUCCGACGACAAGAUCCGUGUUGGUGGUGAUGAGGGCCCAGCUCUCUACCGACUAUUCGUCUGGAUCAUGGCGUCAUGGCUAGGCCUGUGGGCUGGCAAGAUUGUUGCUCACCUGUUACCUCCCAUCUUCAUGUUCUUCUGCGGUGUCGUCAGUUCCGGCACCAGGAAGUACGCCACCGUCAUCCGCGCUCUCGAAAUCCCGCUUUCACUCUUUUUCUGGGCCCUGGUCUCAUGGCUGCUUUUCCGAUUCCUGUUUCCCGAUGGCCAACCGCUCGACAGCAUCCAAUGGAUCAAUGUCAUGAAGAGGAUCCUCGGUGCACUUUUUGUCUCCUCGGCCGUCUUCCUGGGCGAAAAGACGAUCGUGCAGCUGAUCAGCAUCACUUACCACCAACGUUCAUUCGCCAACCGCAUCAAGGAUUCCAAGCGUGAGGUCUACCUGCUUGGCCUUCUCUACGAUGCCUCGCGUACUCUGUUCCCCAUGUACUGCCCGGAGUUCAUUGAGGAGGACAGCAUCAUCAACGAUAGUCUCGAUGUUAUGCUCAAGAAGGUCAAGGGCACAGGAUCAGCAACACCGAUGCGUCUCAUUGGAAACGUUGGUGCCAACGUCGGUCGCUUGGGUGACAAGAUCACCUCUGUUUUCGGAAACGUUGCAUCUGAAAUUACGGGAAAGCAGGUUUUCAACCCCAACUCGUCCCACUCCAUCUGUGUCGAGGCUCUUGAGAAGGUCAAGACUUCUGAAGCACUGGCCAAGCGUAUCUGGAUGUCAUUCGUCGUUGAGGGCAGUGACAGUCUCUCGCAGGAGGACAUUGAGGAGGUUCUCGGCCCCGAGCACAAGGAGGAAGCCGAAGAGUGUUUUGCCGCCAUUGAUGCGGACCAAAACGGUGACAUCAGCUUGGACGAGAUGGUGCGCAAGGUUGUCGAGAUUGGUAUCGAGCGCAAGGCCAUCGCCAACAGCAUGAAGGACAUCAGCCAGGCUCUCGCCGUCUUUGACGAGAUCCUGCUCUUCAUCGUUGCUCUCAUUGUCAUCUUCAUUUUUCUCGCUUUCUUCCAGAGCACCUUCAUCACCACUCUGGCCACUGCCGGUACUGCCUUGCUCUCACUUUCUUUCGUUUUCGCCGUCACCACUCAGGAAUUCUUGGGUUCCUGCAUCUUCUUGUUUGUGAAGCACCCGUUCGAUGUCGGUGACCGCGUCGACAUCACCGGACCGGAGAAGGAGCAGCUCAUUGUCGAGCGUAUCUCUCUGCUUUACACCGUCUUUACCCGCAUUGACAAGAUGCAGGUAGUCCAGGUUCCCAACAUCGUACUCAACAAUCUUUGGAUCGAAAACGUUACUCGUAGCAAGGCCAUGAAGGAGACGAUCGAUGUUAAUGUCUCGUUUGACACUACCUUCGAGGACAUCGAGCUUUUGCGUAUGGAGAUGGAGAAGUUCGUUCGUCACCCCGACAACGCAAGAGAUUUCAUGCCCGAUUUCAGCAUUUCCGUUGGCAGUGUGGGCGAUUUGGACAAGAUGACGCUCAAGAUUACUAUCAAGCACAAGUCAAAUUGGCACAACGACGCUGUGCGUGCCACUCGCCGCUCCAAGUUCAUGUGCGCCCUGGCCCUGGCACUCAAGCGUAUCCCGAUCCUAGGCCCCGGUGGUGGUGGCGAGCCUCUUGGUGCACCCACCAACCCUGCGUACUCUGUAGCCGUUUCCGACGGGUUCGCAAGCGACGCCCGUGACAAGGCUGAGAUGGCCAAAGACGCUGCCAGGAUGGUGCCUACCAAGACCUUUAGUCGCAGCGGAUCUUCUGCUAGCCAGAAGUCGAGGAGGGAGAAGGAGUCUGCAAACGAGCUGAACUCGCCGGUGGAUGUAGCCAGACAAGCGGCUGCAGGUUACGGCAACAGAGACGGCGACAUGCUCGAUGACAUGAGCCCCGUCGAUCGACAGCGUACAAACGACCUCACGAAUCUCCGCAAGGAUAUGAUCACCAAGAACCAGAGCCAGCGGGGCCGUCGCCAGGCAGGACAGACGUUGCCACCGCAGUCUCUUGGUGAGACAGGGCCUCGCUUGACGUUGACGCGCGAGGAGAGCAACCCGAGCCGCAGCCCUAGGUUCGAUGUCGAAUCGCAGACUGGCGGGCUGUCCCCAGGAAUGGGAAGCCCCGGAUUUGGUACACCAGCGGCGGGUGGCAACGCCACAUUCGCCGGGAAUCCUUACUACUCGAGCACCACGACCACUCUAGGUGGAGGACAGGCCCAGCAAGGCUACAGCGUCUUCCCUAGGCCAGCGGGCAGCUCUUCCCCGCCCUCGAGCAGCACCAACUUCGCUGGCCUUCAGGCACCACCCUCGGGAGCCCACCCACUCCAGAGUGCGCCAACCACGGGAUCACGAGCCAGAGGCCAGAGCGUCUCGUCGACACGCGACCUGACCGCACAACGGCCUUCCCAACAACAGGGCGGCGGUCCAGGCGGUCGGGUUUAGAUGACAAGAUGAGAGAUGGAUGAUGAAGUUCUCCGAGAGGAUCAUAUUCAAAACACAAAAAAUCACAAAACAAAGGCUCUUUGAGAGUUCUGUUCUGUAAUAUCUAUUCUAGUUCUUUUUUUUUUUUCAUGACAUUUGAUGACGGUGCGGGGAUUUAGAAUCGGGGUAAACCCCUGGAAGAUGCCUUCCUUGCAUAGCGGUCCAAGGGACAAGGCCCUUGGUAUAAGGGUCAGCUUGCAUACCGAUGGGACAGAGUCCUGUUGUUCAUUAUUUUUUAACAAAAAGAAUUGAGCAUUUCGAUUUUCUUCCCAUUCACUGUUAUCUGGUGUCGUGUUGUUCGUUUCUGCCACUAUCGGUGAUAAACAGUACUACGGUGUCAUAGUUGAGUGAUGUUCGACAAGUGACUUGGUAGUUAUAGACAGUGAAGCCACAGUAGCUGCGUAUAGAUGAGUCGUAU